UGGUUCAAUCACCAUUUUUUCGCUCUUCUCGAUCAUUCAUUUGGUGGCCACUCAGCCUGCACUGGGGGCGCUACGUUCUAUGCUGGCCUUGGUCUGUCAGAGGAUGUCAUUCAGAGACUUGGUCACUGGUCCUCCCCAGCAUGGAAACUAUAUAUUCGGGACAACCCUUCUGUG